AUGGCCAGAACCCAUGUUGUAUAUUUGAAAAAGGUUGACCUCCUUACUUCUGGAUCAGAAGUAGUCCUGGUCUAUGACCACUUACAAAGUAGUAGCCUGGACAAAGUCCUUCACAAGAACACAAGUUCUGCAAUUAUCCUCAAGCGGUUAGCGGGCAUAAUUGAAAAAAGAAAGGCACUCUAUGUUCUCGUUCUCGGUGCUCCGGUCAAGGUAAAUUCUCUACUUGUCUUCACCUUCGGACAUCAAGAAAGUCGAACUGACUCGCUAGCUUUGCUUUGUAAGGGCUUGACCUCUUAUGUGGGAGAUGAUGACACAGAACAACUCUUUCAUCUAAGGAUGCCUAACCGCCGCACCGAAAAUUUGGAGGGGGGGGGGGUGGGACACUGCGAGUAUGUGGAUUACGUGGCUCGCUCUCGCUCUUUGAGUUCUUGGUCUGAAGGUGAACGAGCUCUUGGUGUCGUAAUUCCUACUCGCUUUCCUUGUAUUAGCUACAGCCACCGAAGCAUUCUUUCGUCAACACGAGUUAGCUAUUCUCUUCUUUUCCUUAUUCUUCCUUUUCAUAUGUAUUUUCAACUGCACAACUGGAACCAAAAAUUUCAUUGCCUUGAAGAGCCUUCCAUUCUUAAGCCAGCCAAUCCAGUCAAUAAAGGGGCAUGGAAAUCAAAUUGGAAUGAGACCUUCCUUUCUGUCGACGUUCUUUUCCAUUCAAUCUCUCUUCCUAUUCGUUGUUAUGAUGUUCCAUAUUCAAAUAGCGGAGAUUCACGAAGUAAGAGCCUCCUCAAUAUUCAAGAUGGCGUCCUAGCUGAACUUGCCCGAAGGAAAUGUUGGAUCUUCUUGCCGGGAAAGAGUUUGGUUACCAAGUUCAGUUACCAUAAGCGGAAGUGCAACCCUUAUAUCUCCGAUAUAUAG